AUGAAGCGAUUAGUUCUAGGUUUGGCUCUAUGGCCUCUCCUCCUUUAUUUCCAGGGAUGGGGAUGGAUUUUACCUAAUAACCAAGCCUGUCGGGGCCGCCAUUAUGGGAUUAGUGUAUUGAUGAUGAAUAACUCAGCCUUCCCAGAACCACUGAAAAAUCUGCAAAUAGCUAUGGAUUGGGGCCUGAACAUGGUGAAAGAAAAUCUGCGUGAUGAAGGCAUUAAUGUGGACAUUGACUACCACUACUCCACAACUCCAAUCUACACGAUAAAUGACUGCACUAGUAGCACCUGUGAGGGCUUGAAUGUUCUUAAGUCUAUCAGAGAAAACAACACUGUGGGAUGUGCUCUUAUGGGACCUUCCUGUACCUAUUCCACCUAUCAGAUGUACCUUGACACAAUUUUGGAGUACCCUAUGAUUUCGGCAGGAAGUUUUGGAUUAUCAUGUGACCAAAAAGAAACCUUAACUAGAUUGAUGUUUCCAGCUAGGAAGUUGAUGUACUUCUUAGUUGAUUUCUGGAAGACUCAUGAUUUGACAUUCAAAACCGUUUCAUGGAAAACAGCCUACGUUUUUAAGAGCAAUAACAAUUCAGAGGAAUGUUUCUGGUACUACAAUGCUCUAGAAGCUGGAGUUUCCUAUUUCUCACAGGAACUUCAAUUCAAGGAUAUACUAAGAACUGAGGAACAGUUUCAUAAUAUCUUGACGAAUAAAAACAGGAAAAGUAAUGUGAUUGUUAUGUGUGGCUCUCCAGAGUCUGUUAAUAUACUCAAGGGUGAUCACGAAUCAGAUGAAGACAUUGUCAUCAUUCUGGUAGAUCUUUUCAAUAACCAGUAUUUUGAGAACACUACAUCAGCUCCUUACAUGAAAAACGUCCUUGUGGUGACACUGAUGCCUGCGAAUUCCAGUUUAUCUAGUUUACUAAAUAUCUCAUUGGUGAAAGAUGACUUCGUUCUUGCCCAUUUGGAUGGAAUCUUGCUCUUUGGACAUAUGGUGAAGAAAUCACUGCAUGACAAUUCAAGUGCCUAUUUUUCUCAUGCUUUCCGAGACCUCACUUUCCAAGGAGCUCUCGGUCCUGUGACUCUGGAUGAAUGGGGAGAUAUUGACCACAAUGUCACAGUUCUGUAUACUUCAGCAGAUACUACUAAGUAUGACGUUCUUUUGUACUAUGACACCCAUCAAAAUAAGACUAUCUGGUCAAGUAAUAGCCCUGACCUCGCCUGGAAAUACCAUAAACUUCCCAGUGAUGUACAAGGAGAAGACCCUGAAAUUCUGUUGAUUGCUGUCUUCACCCUCACAGGAGCAGUUAUAUUAAUAUUAGUCAUUUCCCUACUGAUUCUCAGGAAAAACAAAAAGAAUAAUGAACUUCGUCAGAAGAAAUGGUCCCAUAUUCCAACAGAAAAGAUCUUACUUCUGGAGACUAAUGAGACUGGUCAUGUGAGUCUGAAGAUUGAAGAAGACAAGAGACGGGAUACCAUUACAAGACUACGCCAGGGAAAAUAUGACAAAAAGGUGGUGAUCCUCAAAGAUCUCAAGAACAAUGAUGGCAAUUUUACUGAGAGGCAGAAGAUAGACUUGAAUAAGUUGCUUCAGAUCGACUAUUACAACCUGACCAAAUUCUACGGUACUGUGAAGAUUGAUACCAUGAUCUUUGGGGUGAUUGAAUACUGUGAGAGGGGAUCCCUUCGGGAAGUUUUAAAUGAUACAAUCUCUUAUCCUGAUGGCACCUUUAUGGAUUGGGAGUUUAAAAUCUCUGUUAUGUAUGACAUUGCCAAGGGGAUGUCCUAUCUGCACUCCAGUAAAACUGAAGUUCAUGGUCGCCUAAAGUCUACUAACUGUGUAGUGGACAGCAGAAUGGUGGUGAAGAUCACUGAUUUUGGUUGCAAUUCCAUUUUACCUACGAAGAAAGAUUUGUGGAUGGCUCCUGAACACCUCCGAGAAGCCAAUGUGUCUCAGAAAGGGGAUGUGUACAGCUAUGGGAUAAUCACUCAAGAAAUCAUACUUCGAAGAGAAACCUUUUACACAUUGAGAUGUCGGGACCAGAAAGAGAAAAUUUUCAGAGUGGAGAAUUACAAUGGUCUGAAACCAUUCCGCCCAGAUCUCUUUCUAGAGACAACGGAUGAAAAGGAACUGGAAGUAUUUCUACUUGUUAAAAACUGCUGGGAAGAAGACCCAGAGAAGAGACCAGACUUUAAGAAAAUUGAGAGUACCCUGGCUAAACUAUUUAGUCAUUUUCACAGUCAAAACAACGAGAGCUACAUGGACACCUUAAUCCGACGCCUUCAACUCUACUCCCGGAACCUCGAACACCUGGUGGAGGAAAGGACCAAGCUCUACAAGGCAGAGCGGGACAGAGCAGACAGGCUUAACUUCAUGCUGCUACCCAGGUUAGUGGUAAAGUCUUUGAAGGAGAAAGGUUUUGUGGAGCCUGAACUAUACGAGGAGGUCACAAUCUACUUCAGUGACAUUGUUGGUUUUACCACCAUCUGCAAGUAUAGCACCCCUAUGGAGGUGGUCGACAUGCUCAAUGACAUCUACAAGAGCUUUGACCACAUUUUGGAUCAUCAUGAUGUCUACAAGGUGGAGACCAUUGGAGAUGCCUAUAUGGUUGCUAGUGGUUUGCCAGAGAGGAAUGGUAAUCGCCAUGCAGUAGACAUUGCCAAGAUGGCUCUGGAUAUCCUCAGUUUCAUGGGAUCCUUUGAACUCCAGCAUCUUCCUGGCCUUCCUGUGUGGAUCCGAAUUGGAGUACAUUCUGGCCCUUGUGCUGCUGGAGUUGUUGGAAUCAAAAUGCCUCGUUACUGUCUAUUUGGAGAUACUGUGAACACAGCCUCAAGGAUGGAAUCCACAGGCCUCCCUUUGAGGAUUCAUGUGAGUGGAUCUACUAUUGCCAUUCUGAAGAGGACCGAAUGCCAGUUCUUAUAUGAAGUGAGAGGAGAAACGUACUUAAAGGGAAGAGGAACUGAGACCACCUACUGGCUUACGGGUGUUAAAGAUCAGGAGUAUACUUUGCCAACACCCCCUUCUGUUGAGAAUCAGCAACAUCUACAGGCAGAAUUUUCCAACAUGAUCGUUGAAUCUUUGCAGAAGAGGCAGGCCCAAGGUUUAGCAAACAGGAAACCAAGGCGUGUGGCCAGCUAUAAAAAAGGCUCCCUGGAGUACUUACACCUGAACACUACAGAUGAUAAUAAUACCUAUUUUUAA